AAUCCACUCAUGUCGACCAAUCGAAGUCCUCCGAUCCCAGACAAUAUGACCCUUCUACGCCGAUUCGUCCCCUAAUCCAUGGCCAUCUCCCAUUCUCCCUGAGGGGGGCACCGGUGUCUCUCACACGAUGCCCAACGAGCGCAUCAUCCACGGCAACACUGAGAGCCCUGCCACAGGACCUAGCGACGGAAAAAAAACAAUCAUCGCCGCCACAAGACUCGUCCUCCAAACUGCCGCCUCUGCUCUUAAGUUCGUUCCUAUUCCAAAUCUCGAUCAAAUACCAAACAUACUCUUAUCGUGGCUCCAAGUUUACGAGACGAUCGACAACAAUGACGAAAAUCUCAAGGGAUUAGACGACGAAGUUCGAGAGGCUCACGAAACGAUCUUUAGGCCACUCCUGUUGUGGACUGGCCAGGUUCCUCCCGAAAUAGGUGAUCUAAUUCAACAAUUUAACUUAGUUCUAAAGCAACACUUGAAGCAAAUCGAAGCACUCAAACGUCAAAAGCUUGCCAAGAGGAUAAUCCUGGUGACUGAAAUAUCCCAGCAAAUAAAUGCCGUGAAGUUCUGUGUCGCGAUGCUGUCUCCCGUUUCACGACUGCUGCGACAACUCUGAAUCUCCUCCACACAAUUCGGUUAUCGGUGGACUAUGAACUCUCGAAACUCCAAAAAGCAAAUGCGGAAUACUCUACAGUGGAAAGCAAGUCGGAAUGCCUGGAAGA